AUGAUAGGCAAGCCCACCUCGGGCGGCUUUACAAAAACGGCCGACUGGCUAGACUGGUAUGCCGGCCCCAGCAAGCCAACCUUCAAGCUACCGCCUGGCGCGGUGGAUUCGCACGGCCAUGUAUUCGGACCAGGCGAGAAGUUCCCGUAUGCGCCAGAGCGGAAAUACACGCCCUGCGAUGCCAGCAGGGAGCAGCUAUUCGCACUGCGCGACCACCUCGGCUUCACCCGCAACGUGAUCGUGCAGGCGACGUGUCACGGCGCGGACAACAGGGCGCUGAUGGACGCCUGUAUCGCAUCCGAGGGCCGAGCGAGAGGCGUCGCGACCGUGAGGCGCGGCGUUACCGACGCCGAGCUCCAGGAGCUGCACGAUGCCGGCGUAAGAGGGGUGAGGUUCAACUUCGUGAGGCGGCUGGUGGACUUCACGCCCAAGGACGAGCUACGGGAGAUUGCAGGACGCAUCGCGAGGCUGGGAUGGCAUGUGGUCGUGUACUUUGAGGCGCAGGACCUCCCUGAGCUCUGGGACUUCUUUUCGGGCAUCCCGACUGCGAUUGUGGUAGACCAUAUGGGACGGCCAGACGUGUCCAAACCUGUCGACGGAGAGGAAUUCGAGCUGUUCAUCAAGUUCCUGCGAGAACAUCCAAAUGUCAUGACGAAAGUGACGUGUCCAGAGAGAUUGACAAAGAGUGGACCGUACGCGUUGAACGGGGAGCAGAGCCCUUAUGACGAUGUUGUCCCCUUUGCGAAGAGGUUGGUGGAGGAGUUUCCGGAUCGUGUUUUGUCGGGCACAGAUUGGCCGCAUCCCAACCUUAAGAGCCACAUGCCGGAUGAUGGGCUACUGGUUGAUUUCAUCCCUAGAAUUGCGGUUACGGAAGAGUUGAGGCAAAAGUUGUUAAUAGAUAAUCCAACGAGACUCUAUUGGUCCGAGCAGUUGACUUGA